GUUGAACUCGCAGAUAACAAAAAAAAAACACAGUACGUAGUUAAUUGCGGCCUAAAUUGAUUAUUCCGAGCACAAAUUUGCAAGUUGUGGUUGUUAACAAGAAGAACAAAGAUCGGCAUUGAAACCAACAAUUAUAAAACCUGUCAGACUGCAUCCAACACCAACACUUGUUACAUAACUCUCGCCCAGUCAACAGAAUGCUUUCCUUUUAUCUGUUAUUAACCGGUGUCGGUUUGAUUUUGCUGCUACAAACUUGGCGUUUUUUCCGAAAAUAUUUCAAGAAUAAGACAAUUUUGAAAAAAAUACGCGGGCCCCCUGAAACACCUAUUUUCGGACACAUGUACAUCUUCACACAAGACCCUGAUUUACUUUUUUCAAGGAUUCGGAAAUAUUCUCGAGAGUACUACCCGAUUUUCCGCUUUUCGGCCCUUUAUGUCGACAUUGUUAAUUUUCUAGAGCCUAAUGAUAUUGAACUAAUUUUAUCGACCACCAAACAUUUGAGCAAGAGCAAAAUUUAUACUUUUUUGAACAAUUGGCUCGGAACGGGCCUCCUCACAAGCACAGGAGCGAAAUGGCACCAAAGACGCAAAAUCCUGACCCCCGCCUUCCAUUUCAACAUUUUGCAGCAAUUUUUGAACAUUUUUAACGACGAGACCGAAAAAUUGGUACUCAGACUGGGUGAAGACUGUGGAAGGACCAUCGAUGUGGUACCUCCAGUUACAAAUUUUACCCUCCAGUCAAUUGCAGAAACUGCCAUGGGUCUGAGUAACAUAAACGAACUGACUCAGAAGGAGUACAAGAAGGCGAUUUACAAAAUCGGGCAUAUUUUCCUAAAACGGUUGUCCAAACCCUGGUACCGCCUUGAUGCCAUCUACAAUUACAGUAAAUUGGCAGAAGAGGAAAAUGCAACGGUUAAAAUCUUGCACGACUUCUCCAAUGGCAUAAUAUCAGAACGAGAGAAAGAAAGAACCACGAAUUUAUCGCAAAAUUUAGCCUCGUACUCCAAGAAGAAACGAAUGGCAAUGUUGGACCUGCUCCUGGCCGCCAAAAACGAAGGCGCUGAUAUCGACUACGAGGGGAUUCGUGAAGAAGUCGACACUUUCAUGUUUGAGGGUCAUGACACCACCUCGAUGGCCAUCUCCUUCAUCCUCCUAACUCUGGCCAACCUCCAAGACGUCCAAACCAAAGUCCGCGAAGAAAUACUUUCAGUGGUCGGAAAAGAGAAAAUCCCCACAUACAACGACCUCCAAGAACUCAAAUACACCGAGCGCUGUAUCAAAGAAACGCUCCGACUUUUCCCAAGCGUUCCCUUUAUUUCGCGCUACGCCAGUGAGGACUUCGUCACGAAAACUGGUUACACGAUUCCCGAGGGAACGGUUUUGCAUAUUCAUAUUUUUGAUUUGCACCGGAACGCGGAAAUUUAUCCUGAUCCUUUGAAAUUCGAUCCGGAUCGUUUUCUUCCCGAAAAAGUGAACGAGAGACACCCUUUUGCCUAUAUUCCGUUCAGUGCGGGACCUAGGAAUUGUAUAGGACAGAAGUUUGCCUUCCUGGAACUCAAAACAGUUCUCUGUGGGAUUUUACGCAAGUUCAAGUUGGAAAAGGUUGAUGAUAUGUACGAAAUCGAGUUCAGGCCGGAUCUAGUUUUGAGGCCCAAAAAUGAUGUUAAAGUCAGAAUUGAAAAAUUGUAGUGUGUUCAAUAAAUAAAUAUUUUAAGGAAAA